AUGUCAACUCGCUGCAAGACCCGCCCCCGUGCAGAGACAGCCUUAGCUACCGCGUGCACCACUCCCCGUCCUCCCGGCUCUCCUCCACCGACGCCUCAUGCACGAUCGACACCCACACCGCGUUCUCCCCGUGCAUGUCCACCGCAUUCCUCCACACCGCCCUCCUCCCACAAGCGCUCCAUGACCAUCUCCCAGAGCAACUCCGUCUCCACUGUGCUCUUCACCUCCGCCCUCGACACCGCCGCCUCCCACGAGGCAAAGCGCUCCGCCCCGCUCAGGGAGGGCGUCGAUAUCGCCCUCGAGAUUGUCCGCGCAGGCAUGGGCGACGACCACCCUCGCGAGAUCUUCAAGCCCCUCUGCCUCGCUUGCGAGACCCGCAACGAGAAGCUCAUGGUCGCCAGCCUUGACUGCAUCUCCAAGCUCAUCUCCUACUCCUUCUUCGUCGAGGCCAGGCCUCCCGAACACGCGUCCUCCCGUCCCCGCCCCUGUCCCCGGGUCUGGGCCCAGCCACUCCACCUCGAGCACCUCCCAGAGCGACCUCCCCCCGCCCUCGCUCGUGGACCUCGUCGUGCAUACCAUCACCACCUGUCGCACUGA